AUGUCCGUUCUUGAUCCGGACAGCGAGCUGUACAAAUUGGUGGCGGAGAACGGGUCAUCGCGGGACGAGGGCUGCGUCGAUGCGUGGGUCCGAGACCACUGGAAGCAGCUUCGAACACUUGAGCGGAUGAGAGCUAAAGCUGCGGUUACGCACGUGCACGGGCUAGAGACGCCUGCCGCCGAGCAAAAUCGGUCCCUGCUGCCUGAACAGAAAUACAGCUUGAAACAGAAGCGAACAGGAGCAUGCAUUCUAGAGACAUUAAGUAGAACAGCAGGAUGGUAG